UUCAUUCUCUGUCUUUCAUUGUGCCUCUUGUUAGCGUGCAUUAUUGAAUCUUUGUUUUCAUAUUAAUUUCUUUCUUUUAAUCCAGAUCAGAUUUUUUUUUUUUUUUCUUGCAGCUGUGAUCUCAUCACCCAAGUUUUCUGAGGUUUGGUGAAACAUGGCUGAGGAGAAUCCUUCAGAUGGAGAUGCAAUAACCGAGCAAGAAACUCCAACAAAUAGCCAUCCAACAGUGAUGGUGGGUUCCAACGAAAACAGACUAGAUACAAGCAAGAGCAAGGAGGAUGGAACUAAAACAGUUCCACUCUACAAACUUUUCUCUUUUGCUGAUUCCAUGGAUUACCUGCUAAUGUCUGUUGGUACAAUCAGCGCUAUUGGUAAUGGACUCUGUAUGCCUCUAAUGGCCAUAGUCUUUGGAGAUCUACUUACUUCUUUUUUAGAAACUGGGAAUAACAAGAGAGUGGCUGAUGCAGUUUCCAAGGUGGCUCUAAAGUAUGUUUACUUGGCUCUUGGGGGUGCUGCUGCAGCAUUUCUACGUAAGUACAUUGGGUCAGUUUUUUUAAUAAAUCGUUUGGCCUGGUGCAAAAGUGAAAUACUUGAUUUCUGUGUGCUAGAGAUGUCAUGCUGGAUGGUCACUGGAGAGAGACAGGCUGCACGUUUACGAAGUUUAUACUUGAAGACCAUACUGAGGCAAGAUGUCAGCUAUUUUGAUCAAGAAAUCAACUCUGGAGAAAUUGUUGGGAGGAUGUCAGGUGAUACUCUGCUCAUUAAAGAGGCGAUGGGUGAGAAGGUAGGAACUUUUAUCCAAGUAGUUGCAACAUUCACAGGCAGCUAUACUGUAGCAUUUUUUAAGGGAUGGCUUCUCACCCUUGUCAUGAUAUCCUCUAUUCCCCCUCUUGUCUUCUCUGGUGCUGUCAUGAACCAUUUCAUUGUGAAAUUGGCAUCCAAUGGACAAGCUGCAUAUUCAGGAGGAGCAACUGUGGUAGAGGAGACAAUUGGUUCUAUCAGAACUGUUGCAUCGUUCACAAGGGAGAAGCAAGCUAUAUCUAACUACAAUAAUUCCUUGAAUAAAGCUUACAAGUCCGGUGUGCAAGAGGGUUGGACAUCUGGUUUGGGUUCUGGUGCACUUAGGCUUAUUGUAUUCUGUACUUAUGCUUUGGCUGUGUGGUUUGGUGGAAUAAUGAUACUUGAAAAAGGAUACAAGGGAGGAGAUGUCAUGACAGUAAUUUUUUCUGUGUUGAUGGGCUCUCUGUCUCUUGGGAAAGCAUCUCCUUGCAUCAGUGCAUUUGCUCCUGGACAAGCUGCAGCUUAUAAGAUGUUUGAGACAAUUAACAGAAAGCCCGAGAUAGAUGCAUAUGAUACUACUGGGAGGGUAUUACAAGAUAUUCGUGGAGACAUAGAACUGAGGGAUGUUUGUUUUAGUUAUCCCACAAGACUGGAUGAGCAAAUAUUCCAUGGAUUUUGUGUCUCAAUACCUAGUGGUGCAACUGCUGCUUUGGUUGGAGAAAGCGGAAGUGGUAAAUCUACUGUACUCGGUUUGAUUGAGAGAUUUUAUGACCCCCAGGCUGGUGAAGUUCUUAUUGACGGUGUUAAUAUCAAAGAGUUCCAACUGAAAUGGAUCAGACAGACAAUAGGCCUUGUAAGCCAGGAACCAGUUUUGUUUACUGGUAGCAUUAAAGAUAAUAUUGCGUUUGGAAAGGAUGGUGCUACUACUGAAGAGAUAGCAACUGCUGCUGAGCUUGCCAAUGCUGCAAAAUUCAUAGCUUUACUGCCUCAGGGAAUAGAUACCUUGGUUGGUGAGCAUGGAACUCAGCUAUCUGGAGGGCAAAAGCAAAGAGUUGCUAUAGCCAGAGCAAUUCUUAAGAACCCGAGAAUUCUACUUUUAGAUGAAGCAACAAGCGCACUUGACACAAAAUCCGAGAGAAUUGUGCAAGAGGCGCUGGACAGAGUAAUGAUUAACCGGACUACUGUCAUAGUAGCCCACCGCUUGAGCACAGUAAGGAAUGCUGACACCAUUGCUGUAAUACAUCAGGGAAUAAUUGCUGAGAAAGGACCACAUUCUGAGCUAAUCAGGAAUCCCGAUGGAGCAUAUAGCAGGCUUAUAAGGUUGCAAGAAACUAGUUCUCUGUCAGAAGACUCGGAACAUACUUGUCUAAAUUCUAAGAAAUCAUCUCCAAGAAGAAGUAGUAGUCAUCACUCAUUCUCAAUCUCAUAUGGUAUUCCUAAUGCAAGCAGUAUCCUUGAAACAACAGCUAUAGAACCUGACGUUCCUGCUUCAGUACCAACAAAAGGGCCUCCAGGAGUCUCUCUUCGCCGCGUUGCUUACCUGAACAAGCCAGAGAUACCAGUCCUACUUCUAGGUACUAUAGUUGCAGCUGUCAAUGGGGUAAUCUUCCCUGUUUAUGGUAGUUUGUUGUCAAGUGUAAUCAAGAGCUUCUUUGAGCCACCCCAUGAACUUCGUAAGCAUUCAAAGUUUUUGGCAUCAAUCUUUGUUAUUCUUGGAGUGGUAUCUUUCUUGGCACAAUCGUCAAGAGCACACCUCUUUGCCGUGGCGAGCUGCAGGUUAAUAAGAAGAGUCCGAGCAAUGUGCUUUGAGAAGGUGGUUUACAUGGAAGUAAGUUGGUUUGAUGAAGCUGAGCACUCAAGUGGUGCCAUUGGGGCAAGGCUUUCUAUAGAUGCAGCGUCUUUGAGAGGGCUUGUUGGAGAUGCUCUUGGUUUGGUGGUUGAGAAUACGGCAGCAGCAAUUAUGGGGGUGAUUAUUGCUUUUGGUGCAAAUUGGCAACUUUCUCUUGUAAUCCUUGUUCUGUUACCUUUAUUGGGAAUAAACGGAUAUCUUCAAGACCAGUACAUGAAAGGAUUCAGUGCAGAUGCAAAGAAAUUGUACGAGGACGCAAGCCAAGUAGCUAGUGAUGCUGUGGGGAGUAUUCGGACAGUUGCUUCCUUUUGUGCUGAAGAGAAGAUGAUUGAGUUGUACAAGAAAAAAUGUGAAAGCCCUAUUAAGACAGGGAUAAGACAAGGUUUAGUUUCUGGAAUAGGUUUUGGGGUAUCACUCUUUUUACUGUUUUCAGCGUUUGCCUUAAUAUUUUACACUGGUGGUCUACUUGUUGCAGCAGGCAAGACAACAGCCUCUUCUGUUUUCCGGGCUGUCUUUGCUCUCACUAUUGCUUCUUUUGGACUUGCUCAGUCGAGCUCCCUAGCAACUGAUGUUAGUAAAGGAAAGAGCUCUGCUGCUUCCAUAUUCGAAAUUCUUGACAUGAAAUCAAAAAUAGACUCUAGUGAUAACUCGGGCAUGACAAUAGAAAAUGUGAAGGGAGAAAUUGAAUUUCACCACGUCAAUUUCAAGUAUCCUAGUAGACCUAACGUGCCAAUUAUCAACGAUCUUUGCUUGACCAUUAGUCGUGGCGAGACAAUUGCUCUGGUUGGUGAAAGUGGAAGUGGAAAAUCGACAGUGAUCUCUUUGAUCCAGAGAUUUUACGAUCCUGAUUCAGGUCACAUUACAUUGGAUGGAAUCGUAAUUCAGAAACUAGAGUUGAGGUGGUUGAGACAGCAAAUGGGGCUGGUGAGCCAGGAGCCUCUGCUGUUUAAUGACACUAUCCGAGCCAACAUUGCAUAUGGAAAGGAAGGACAGACAACCGAGGCUGAAAUUAUAGCAGCAGCAGAACUGGCAAAUGCACACGAGUUCAUUAGUAGUUUACAACAUGGGUAUGAUACAAUAGUAGGAGAGCGAGGGGUCCAAUUGUCCGGUGGACAGAAGCAAAGAGUUGCUAUUGCACGAGCUAUUAUGAAGGCACCAAAGAUAUUACUACUUGAUGAAGCCACCAGUGCUCUUGAUGCUGAAUCCGAACGAGUGGUUCAAGAUGCACUGGACCGAGUUAUUGUGGAUCGAACCACAGUGGUUGUUGCCCAUCGGUUAUCCACAAUAAAAGGUGCAGAUUUAAUUGCUGUGGUAAAAAAUGGAGUCGUUGCAGAGAAAGGAAAGCAUGAAACUUUGAUCAAUAUCCGCAAUGGCAUUUAUGCAUCUUUGGUAGCAUUGCAUGCAAGUGCCUCAACUUAAGAGAGCUUUCUGUUAUUCUUUUCACUAAUGAAGCAAAAUACUAUGAGGGAAAAGAAAUGUAUAAUGUAAUCUUCUUCAGAAUUGUAAAUUGGCUGGGUGUAUAUACAUCAAGUUUUUCUUUUCUGAAAGACAACACGUU